AUGACAACAUUUUCCGAGAGGUCACCUGCGAUGGCACCAUCAAUUAUUGAAGGCCCAGUAAAUGGGAUCAUCGCGCCUCUGAAGGCUACUCCUGGAACAGAUUCCAAGGUGCCCCAAGUGCGGAGAACAAUCGACGAAGAACACGGAACAACUCCCGCCAGUUACCCCGAGUACCUGCCAGUCUUCGACUUUGGCGAAAAGUACCCUCCCCUCGAGCCCUUCGCCCACGUCGAGCACGGCAAGGAUGCAGAUCCCUCGUUCAAAGACCUCUUAGUAGACGGCUCGAAGAUUCACAAGCUCACGCCAACCAUCGGUUCAGAAGUUACUGGGGUACAGCUAAGCAAGCUCACCUCUGCUGGAAAGGAUCAACUCGCUCUUCUCGUCGCUCAACGCAAGGUUGUUGCAUUCAGGGAUCAGGAUCUUGCCGAUUUGCCUAUCGCGGAUGCUUUGGACUUCGGGGGAUACUUUGGUCGCCAUCAUAUACACCCCACCAGCGGUGCGCCGGAGGGAUAUCCCGAGAUCCACUUGGUACAUCGAAACAAUGAGACAGUGAGGUACGAAGAAGUUAACAGCAGUGUCUCAUGGCAUUCCGAUGUCACUUAUGAGCAACAGCCACCAGGCACUACAUUCCUAUACAUCCUUGACGGCCCUGAAGUUGGCGGUGAUACCAUUUUCGUCGAUCAAGUCGAAGCAUACAAGCGGCUUUCGCCUCCGAUCCAAGAGCUCCUUCAUGGACUAAAGGCUGUACACUCCGGUUUCGAGCAAGCGGAGUUCAGUCUGAAGCGGGGAGGUGUGGUGAGGCGGGAGCCGGUGAAGAAUGAGCAUCCUCUAGUUCGGACCCAUCCGGCAACAGGGGAGAAAGCGCUGUUUGUCAACGGAGGCUUCACUCGCAGUAUUGUGGGCUUGAAGAAGGAAGAGAGUGAUGCUCUUCUGGCUUUCCUGUUAGCCCAUGUUGGUCGUGGGAUUGACUACCAAGCGCGCAUUCGCUGGGCUCCCAAGACUGUCAUUGUUUGGGAUAACCGGGUGACUGCCCAUUCCGCCGUGGUUGAUUGGAUAACUGGGGAGCGUCGACAUCUCGCACGUAUCACUCCUCAGGCUAAGCGCCCGUACGAGACACCCUAUGUUGGACCAGAAUAG